CUUUGAUAAAAAAAAAGCACGAGACGAACCAGAGAGGACGAGAUUCCUUCCAGUCUCCUGUAGUCCUCGACCCGAUCGACCAAACCGAUGGAGUCGGAAACUGACAGGGCCGCGGCGCCGGCGCCAGCCGCCGUCGCGGAGGCCAGCGAAGACGCCAUCCAAGAGGUGUCUGCAGCCACGGCCCCUGGCCCGGACGGGAAGCCCGGAUCCGGGGCGGCGGCGGCCUCGGCGCCGCAGGUGGAGGUGCAGCUGUUCCGGCGCGGGCGUCCGGUGGCCGUGUUCCGGUCGCCGCUGGGCGGGUGGACGCAGGACCAGCUGGAGGUGGGCGACAUCCUAGAGCAGUACGGCCUCAAGUCCGUCUUCACCUUCGACCCUGCCGCCCGCAAACGUGGUGUCGCCAUCCGCUUCAACCCCCGCAACGGCCGCUCCCUCCUCACCUACGCCCCCGGCUCCACCAUCUUCCUCGACGGCGAGCCCAAGGAUUCUUUGCUGAAGCCCAUCACGAAGAUGGUGCUUGGGGUCGCCGCAAUGACGGUGGUAGCUGCAGUGCUAUUGAAGGAGGCCAAGAUGCCCGAGUGGCUUCAGGCCAAGCUGGGCACCGUGAGCUUCCCACCAUGGGUGCUGGCUUGCAUGGUUAUCGUGUUCAUGAGGCUCCAGAAGAGAACCAAGGACGCCAUGAAGAAGUUUGGCUGGGCCUCAUGAGGUAGAAACAGUUUUACCUUUAUUUUGGCGUUCUGAUUGGAACAAGAAGCUCUAUGUAUACUUCAAGGCAGAGGCAGUUGCUGUCAAAACUCAAUGUUACUCUCAAGAAUUCAAGUUACUUGAAUUGAAAUAAUUGCAGCUUAUAUUCCACUAAAAGGUGAUAAAUUCGUUCUAGAAACCUUUUUAAUAGUGUGAUAUAAAGUUCUGCAGUUUUGUGCUUCUGUUA